AUGAAGGGAAGCUGUUCUAAAUGGAAACCAGUUAACAUAAUGAAGAAAGUAUUAUCUUUGCCUAUGAAAAAAAACAAGAACGAUAUAGGUUUGAAGUUAGAUGUUUCUUAUAUCCUAUUUAAUCUAAUAGUUUGCUCAUACCCGGUAAGUACAUAUCCAAAACUACUCUAUAGGAAUAGCCUAGAUGACUUACUAUUGUUCUUGACGGUAUAUCAUGGUAAGGGAAAUUUUAGGAUUUUUAACUUCAGAGCUGAGAAAGAAGAUGGUGAUUAUAAAGACAAAGACCUGAUUGACAUCACUACUAAAUAUGAGAACAGAGAUUUUGAAAUUCAAGAACUUCGUUCAACUCUCAUUAAUGAUGGAAAGAUACCGAUAUCGCCUAUUGACCUUGAAACGGGAACAUUGGUGGAAGAAGACACCGAUAGUAUUAUUUGCGAAAGGAUUGGUUGGUUGGAUCAUUUUCCGCCGCCAUUUGACUUACUGGAAAAUAUUGUAGACACUAUAGAGAAUUACUUGUCCGCCUCGAAGAAUAGAGUAGCUGUUUUACAUUGUCGAAUGGGCAAAGGCCGAUCCGGUAUGAUUACCAUAGCAUAUCUCAUGAAAUACUUGCAAUGUCCUCUUGGAGAAGCAAGGCUGAUAUUUAUGCAGGCUAGGUUCAAAUACGGGAUGACAAAUGGUGUCACGAUACCGUCUCAAUUAAGAUAUUUGAGGUACCACGAGUUUUUCAUCACCCAUGAGAAAGCAGUCCAAGAAGGAAUUUCCAAUGAGGCAGUAAAAUUUAAGUUCAAAUUUAGACUUGCUAAAAUUACAUUUCUCCACCCAUCAAGCUUAAUAUCAUCUGGCUCGGCUAUUGUAACAACUAAGAUCCAGCACUACAACGAUGAUAGAGAUAUUUUAGUAACCCGAAAAGCACUAUAUUCGGAUAUUAUGGUACAUGAAAGCAAUGGAAACAUGGUUUUUAUUUUUGAUAGGGACUACCUGAUCCUUGAAAACGAUCUUCGGAUCGAAUUUACUCUGGGCACUAACAAGUCUAAAGCCGCCAGUAACAUAAUAUCAUGGACAUCGUACGCAAGCUGUUGGUUGAAUAUUUACCUCGAAACUUUAAUCCACAUAAUUAAGGAUGAUUCUUCACCAGAUUACUUUCUAGUAGAAAAGUUAAAUAAGGAAGAAACGCUUCAUACAACUAUAAGCUGGCAAGAGUUAGAUGGUUUUGGGGAACUUAGCACUCACGGUUUGAAAUUAUUUCAGGCAUUGAGAUUAGAAUGGGAAACUAUAUAA